UAUGUCAUGCUACACUCUCCUCUCUAUCUUACCUGAACCAGUGGGGACCUCUUUCAUGCUAUUUUCUUCUGUUCUGGUUUACAGUUUUCUCCAACGACAAAUCUUUCAGCUGUGGAAGCACACAAAAAUGGUACCUCAUGCAGAGACAUCAAAUGCACUGCCAUUUGUCUUGCUUUUCUUAUUUCCACUGUUGUUGUCAGGAGCUUGGUUUCCUAAAAGUUUACCCUGUGAUGUAGAAGCCUCUGAAGGUUCAGUGAGAGUGGACUGCAGCGAUCGUCGCCUCACAGAAGUCCCCAGAGGGAUCCCCGCAAAUGCUACAAACCUGACCCUGACUAUUAAUCAUAUCCCCCAUAUUUAUCCAACAUCUUUUGCUUAUCUUGAAAGGCUUGUGGAGAUUGACUUUAGAUGCAACUGCGUGCCUGUCAGGUUGGGGCCCAAAGAUCAUGUGUGCACCAGGACACCAACAAUUGAGAAUGGCAGUUUUGCUGCUCUGACAAGACUGAAGUCAUUGUACUUGGAUGCAAAUCAGUUGUCGGAAAUACCCCGGGGUCUUCCUAGUACUUUAAGUCUGCUAAGUCUAGAAGCAAACAGUAUCUCUUCUAUCCAAAAAGCUAAUUUAUCAGAACUAAGAAACAUAGAAAUAUUGUAUCUGGGACAGAACUGUUACUACCGUAACCCAUGCAAUGUUUCUUUUGAAAUUGAACAAACAGCCUUUCUGGAUCUGAAAAAUUUGACAGUGCUGUCCCUGAAGUCUAACAACAUAACUCAUAUUCCACCCAACUUGUCCUCUACUUUAAAGGAAUUGUAUAUUUACAAUAACAUAAUUCAAGAGGUUCAGGAAUACGAUUUAAGUGCCCUUCACAACCUAGAAAUUCUUGAUCUCAGUGGUAACUGCCCACGUUGCUAUAAUGCCCCAUAUCCUUGUGUUCCCUGCCCCAAUAAUGCACUUAAGAUACAUUCAAAGGCUUUUUAUUCCUUGAAAAAAUUAAGAAUUCUGAGACUUCACAGUAACUCUCUUCGGAAUAUACCCAGCAGCUGGUUUAAAAACACAAGGAAUCUCGAAGAGCUUGACCUCUCCCAAAAUUUCCUCAUGAAGGAGAUUGGAGAUGCUCAGUUUUUGAAGUUUGUCCCCAGACUUGUAGAACUGGAUUUGUCCUUUAAUUUUGAACUUCAAAUGUAUUCUCCAUCCUUGAACCUGUCCAAGACAUUUUCUACCCUCUCAAAUCUGGAAAUCCUGAGGAUCAGGGGUUAUGUCUUUAAAGAACUGAAAAAAGAAAAUCUAUAUCCAUUGCUCAAUCUUAGAAAUCUAACAGUGUUGGAUCUUGGGACUAAUUUUAUUAAAGUUGCUGACCUAACAGUGUUCAAGCGAUUCCAAGCUCUUAAAGUCAUAGAUCUGUCAGUGAAUAAAAUUUCUCCUUCUUCAAGUGAAAGCAACUCCUAUGGAAUUUGCUCUAAUCCCAGGAUUUCAGUAGAGCAACGCAACAGACAAGUUUUACAAGAGAUGCAUUAUUUCAGGUAUGAUGAGUAUGGCCGAAGUUGCAAGUCCAAAGACAAAGAAGCUAAUUCCUACCGACCUUCAGUAAAUAGGGAUUGUCUGGAUUAUGGAAAAACUCUGGAUUUAAGCAGAAACAACAUCUUUUUUAUUAGCCCCUCAGACUUCCAGGAUCUUGAUUUCCUGAGAUGCCUCAACUUGUCAGGUAAUGCAAUAAGUCAAACUUUAAAUGGAAGUGAAUUCCACUACCUGUCUGGAUUGAAAUAUCUGGAUUUUUCUAACAACAGGAUUGACUUGCUAUACUCGACUGCUUUCGAAGAGCUGAAACUUUUAGAAAUUCUAGACCUAAGCAACAACAAACAUUAUUUUCUGGCAGAAGGUGUUACUCAUGUCCUUAAUUUCAUGAAAAACUUAGCCUAUCUGAAAAAGUUGAUGAUGAAUGAGAAUGAGAUUUCUACCUCUAUUAGCACAGGGAUGGAAAGCCAAUCUCUUAAAAUUUUAGAAUUCAGAGGAAAUCGUUUAGAUGUUUUAUGGAUGGAUGGGAAUGCUAGAUACCUGUCAUUCUUCAAGAAUCUGACCAACUUGGAAAAACUGGAUAUUUCCUUUAACUCACUCAGUUUUUUGCCUUCUGAUGUUUUUGAAGCUAUGCCUCCAGAACUCAAGAUACUCAACUUAACCAAUAACCGGUUGAAGGCUUUCAAGUGGGGAAAACUCUACUUGCUGAAAAAACUAACAACUUUGGACCUCAGCAACAACCUUCUGACUACUGUUCCCCGAGAACUGUCCAAUUGCACUUCCACACUCCAAGAACUGAUUCUCCGAAACAAUCACAUUCAACGGCUAACCAAAUAUUUUCUCAGAGGUGCAAUUGGACUGCAAUACUUGGAUCUCAGUUCAAACAAGAUCCAAAUAAUUAAGAAAUCUAGCUUCCCCGAAAAUGUCAUUAACAACCUGAAGAUGCUGCUUUUGCAUGGCAAUCCUUUCAAGUGCAAUUGUGAUGCAGUGUGGUUUGUUUGGUGGAUCAACCAGACUCAAGUGACUAUUCCUCUUCUGGCCACAGAUGUGACAUGUGCUGGCCCAGGGGCACAUAAAGGAAAGAGUCUGGUUUUCCUGGAUCUGUAUACUUGCGAGUUGGACACCUCCUAUUUGAUCAUGUAUGCAUUAUCAGCUUCAGCUGUCCUAGGUUUUAUGGUGUUUGCUGUUAUGAGCCACCUAUAUUUCUGGGAUGUGUGGUAUAGUUAUCAUUACUGCACUGCAAAGUUGAAGGGCUAUAGACGUUUACCUUUACAAGAUACUUGCUAUGAUGCAUUUAUUGCCUUUGACAAUACAGAUCCAGCUGUGAAUGAAUGGGUGAUGACAGAAUUGGUUGAAAAGCUGGAAGAUCAAAAAACCAGAAAGUUCAAUUUAUGCCUAGAAGAAAGGGACUGGCUUCCAGGACAGCCAGUCUUUGACAACCUUUCCCAGAGCAUUCAACUGAGCAAAAAGACCAUAUUUGUGCUAACCAACAAGUAUAUUAAAAGUGGCAGCUUCAAGACAACAUUUUACAUGGCCCACCAGCGCCUUCUAGAUGAAAAGAUUGAUGUGAUUAUCUUGAUAUUUCUUGAGAAAAUAUUGCAGAAGUCCCGGUAUGUUAGGCUGAGGAAAAGGCUGUGCAGAAGUUCUGUCCUGGAAUGGCCGACUAACCCUCGAUCUCAGCCCUACUUCUGGCAGACUCUGAAAAAUGCCAUAGCUACAUGCAAUACCCUGGCUUACAACAACCUUCUCCAGGAAACUGUUUAGCUCUACCAUUCACUGUGGAAUAUUGUUACUAUACACGGCAGAUCUCUUCCACCGUGGCUGCUUAAAACCUAAUCUGGGAAUGGGCCUGACUUCAGAGAUAACCUGAAGAAGAGAACAAAUGCUGUUUAGAAGAAUAAGGGCUUGGGCCUGUUCCUCACUUUGGCUUAUAGAGCACCCUCCUAAAACUUGUGACAGUUCUUCAGCUGAAGUCUUUAAAAAGGCAUCAUAAACAUUCAUGUGUUGCUCAGAUAGUUUUGGGAGAAGCAGUGUGCUCUCACCUUGCACUUCUGUCUGCAGCAGAGUCUGGGCAGCUUCUCUCCUCUCUCUUACAGCCUUUUCUCUUCUGGUUACUGGUCUGGCCCAUGGGGAGAAGAUGCUCUUUAUUGAUUUGAAUUUGCUUAUCUCAGCUGCCUCCUGCAUUUCCACACCCACAUUUCGGCCUAGUCCUUUCUUCAAACAAGACAUUUUUGUUUUAGUUCUAGACAUCUAGGAAGACAGGAGCACAAACACAAACAAGAAAACCAACCUUCACAUAAUAUUAGAGAUAAGAAGGGUGUUAUUUUUUGUCUCAGUUUGUUGCAGUGGUUUUAUUGAUGACCAACUGAAACAGGAGAAAGAGCAGGACCUCGGCAGCAAAGUGGGUGUUCUAUAUCUUUGUUUUAAAGAAUGCCUUUUAAUGGUUGUGUUUGUAAGCCUAAACAAUCUGUGUCUGUAAGUAUAUUACCGUGAGCUGUAAUGCAACUCUCUUCACAAGGUAAUGCUGAAAUAGGAACCUCUGCUCCUCAGUUACUCCCAUGACAUGUCCCUCCCUCUCCCCACACCACUUCUUCUACCUGAAGCAGCUUCCCCUUUCUCAGCCUGUGUGGUUAGGGCACAAGAUCACUUGGCUUAUCUGAGGUUAUGAGGAGAAGUCUUUUCUCCUCUUCCAUUGAGAAGUGAUGAAAGGAUAGGUACGGGAUGAGUAGCAAUGGGUAUAUGUACAUUAUUUGUAUCCAAACUAAAUCUCCCAUGAUGCCACUUGAGGCCAUUUUCCCAUGCCUUGUCACUUUGUACUUGGUGUAAGUACCAAUCCUCAUUGCUCUACAACCUCCUUUAACGUAAUUGUACAGUGUGAUAAGGUAUCCCCUGAGCCUCCCUUUCUCUAGGAUGGACAUCAGUCCCCUCAGCUGCUCCUUUUAAAAUCUGUUUUACAGGCCCUUUACCAGCUUUAUUGUUCUUCUCUGGACAUGCUCCAGCACCUCGAUGUCCUACUUGUAGUGAGGGUCCCAAAACAGAACCGGUAUAUAAAAUCCUCUUUUAUCUCUUUGAUCUCCUUAUUUUUAAGAACUGGCAUAUGAGAAACUUAAAGCUGACUCACUGUGAGAAUAAUUUACAUUGGAAGGGACCUCUGAAGGUCAAAAUGGGUCUAAUUUCAUUUCCUUGUUCAUAUAUAAACUUGGAGCACUUUGUAGGAAAAAUGACAUCCCAUGCAGGAACAUGAUAACAGCAUCUCUAAAAGAUCCUGUGAAGAUCAAGAGCUCUUGUUCUGUAGUAAUUGUAUUUGGGUCACAAGCACUUCAGACCAGCAAACCUUUGGCUUCUGAAUACCCUCUGCCUCUUCAUUUUCUAAAUCUCACUCUGAGAGUAACUGCCUGAAGAAAGAAUCUCUGUGAUAAACUGUUCAUCAGAAAUAUUCAGUCAUCAGUGACAUUCUUCCAUUUACUCUUAACAAGAUAUUCAUUUAGGUUCUUAUUCUUCCCAGUUGCCUCUGUAGGACCUCAGCUUCAUCAAGUGUGUAUGGAAGUUAGCCUCUUAAUGUGGGAAGAUAAAUUUUGUGUCUAAAUGCAAAAGACAUACACAGAAAUCCACCAUUAUCUCCACAAGUAUAAAUGGGAAAACUAAAGCACAGAGAAGUCAAACCAUUUCUAUAGUGUCCAUUUGCUGUUAGUGAAACUGAAAAAGAUAAUCUAGACAUGUAAUCUUUAAACGGAAUCUGGAUGCAUUCCUUGGUUAAUGAGUACAUUCACAUUAUUUAUACAUGGGAUUAUUUACUUAGAAAAAUAUACAAGUUGAAAAUAAAGCAUGGACAUCAUGGGGACAAAUUCUUACUGUGGUUGUGCACAUUAUGGAAACAAUGUUGAGGCAGUUGGAAACCCUAUUAAGAUAUUUAAAACUGGUUUAGUGUUGCUGUUUGUUUUGUUUUGUUUUGUUUUGUUUUGUUUGGGGAGGGGGAAAGUGUUUCUUUGCUCCAGGUAUGCAGCUGAAGAAGUGGUAUCAGAAUAGCAACAGAUCUAAAUCAGUGGCCUUAUCUAUCUGGCCUUUGUCUUCCUUCCUUUGUUCUUACUCAGACAUACUGCUAAUGGCAAAGUUCUGAGCAAAAGCAGAUCUAGAUAACUGUGUUUUUUGUUUGUUUGUUUGUUUUGUUUUGUUUUAAAAAAAGAAUCACACACUAAAAAAACAUCUUUUCCAGUGCAAAUUCAGAAACAUUUGAGGAAAUAAAAUUUCAGGCUUUUUAUAGCUGUGUCAUUAUGAUUACUGACAAUAGGUUUAUACAAUUAUGGAAAAUCUGGCAAGCUUGCAAAACUGAAGGAUUCAGGUUUCAGUUUCUACCAGUUUCAAUGUUUUAUUAUUUUUUUUUCCUGAAUAUUUUCUUUCUUCUUACAAACCAUGUUCUAGUUUCAUUGCCUUAGCCUUUGGGUUUAUCUAUGCUAUACUCCUCAUAGAAGUAUCUGCAUUCCUGACUUUACAUACUUUAUCAAUUUUUAUAUAUAUAUUUAUAUAUAUAUAUAUAUAUAUAUUUACAACUCCACAAGAAUGAGAGGUUCUGGAAGUAGGUUGUUACUUAAAAAUGCACAUGACCAGUCUUGUAUUUUCGUAAUUAUAUUGACUUUUUAAUUAAAGACAGUCUGUCAAUUAGACCUUCCUUUUUGAUACAACUUUUUUCCUCCCAUGUUUCUUCUG